AUGCACUUUGCUAUACCUUGGAGUCAAACUGCAAUAUGCUUGACAUAUGUUGAAUUUGUUGUUAAGCUUGGGCAAGUGGAUGGGCAGAGAUUGGCUUCAUACCGUAAACAAUCUGCCAUCUGUGUUUCUCAAACUACAAAUAUUGAUAAGGAGCAGUUUCAAAAAAUCCUGGAGCUAAUUGAGAGUGGGAAAAAAGAAGGAGCCAAACUGGAAUGUGGAGGGGGUCCAUGGGGAGACAAAGGUUACUUCAUCCAGCCCACAGUUUUUUCUAAUGUUACAGAUGAUAUGCGCAUCGCCAAAGAAGAGAUAUUUGGACCUGUUCAACAAAUUAUGAAGUUUAAAACUAUAGAUGAAGUUAUCAAGAGGGCAAAUAAUACUACCUACGGCUUAGCAGCAGCAGUUUUUACCAAAGACAUUGAUAAAGCACUGACAUUUGCAGCUGCUCUUCAGGCUGGAACAGUAUGGGUUAACUGUUAUAGUGCAGUGUCUGCUCAGUGUCCUUUUGGAGGAUUUAAGAUGUCAGGAAAUGGACGAGAAAUGGGAGAAUAUGGCCUUCAUGAAUACACAGAAGUUAAGACUGUCACAAUCAAAAUCCCACAGAAGAACUCAUAACGCUCCUUGAGGUGCAGAAUUGAACAUCUUCUAAUGAAUCUGAAAAGGCCAUCUGAAUUCUGAAAAGUUUUGCAUCCCAAAUUACUCAUUAACCUUUUUGCUUUCUGAUUGUAUAAGGGAUACUUGCUUACAUUAACAAUAUAAAGAAUAAUGUAGAAAAUGUUAAUGGAUUAACCAAGGAAAGGAAACUUUAAUAUCUGGUACGUAGUUAACUAAUUUUGACAUUCAUGUUCAGAAAGAACUAUUCUUCAUUUUCAGUGGAAAGUCUCUUUAAUGCUAUGAAAAUGUUCCUUUUCAGUAUAUUCUACA